AUGUUGUUUGCUGGAUAUCCCAUCAUUGCGAAUAUCGACAAGCUCUAUGGUCGUACCAAUGUAAAUGGCAAGCAACAAGUCGAAGAAAACGUCGAUCAGCUACCUGUCCGCCAUUUGAUUGACACUGACACACCUGCGGAGGCAAAGACACGUACCAGUGAAACCUCCAAUGCCAAGUACGAGCUUGUCUUUUCCGACGAGUUUAACCUUCCGGGACGUACCUUCUGGCCUGGUGACGAUCCUUUCUGGGAGGCAGGCAACUUUUGGUACGGUGCUACGUUCGACUAUGAAUGGUACACACCCGAGGCUAUUGUUACGGCGCAUGAUCCAUUGAUUAACAGUGGUGUCCUUCAGAUCACACUUGAAGAAGAGAUCGAACAUGGCCAGUUUUUCCGAUCUGGUAUGCUCCAGUCGUGGAACAAGUUUUGUUUCCAAGGUGGUUACAUUGAGACUUCUGUCCUGUUCCCUGGUGAAUCAAUGACGCAGGGAUACUGGCCGGGCUUCUGGCUGAUGGGCAAUCUUGGUCGCCCUGGUUUCCCUGCGUCCAAUGACGGCAUGUGGCCAUACGUGUACGAAGAGUGUGAUGUCGGUAUUAUGCCGAAUCAGACUGAGGAGGGUGGCAAAAGCCCUUCUUCGGCACUCAAGGGCAGUACCGACAAUAAGCAGAUCUCAGUCCUGCCCGGAAUGCGCCUCCCUUCAUUCGAUAUUCUCGAGCUGCAAAUGGUUUCCAACAAGUCCGUACGUAUCACUGGUAUGGCCUAUCUCACACUAGACUUCGACGGCGAUUUGAAGUUUGACUAUAUUCGCGUCUACCAGCCUGAAGGCACGCCUGACAAGCGCAGGUCGUGCGAUCCCCCUGACUACCCUACCAAAGCAUACAUUGAUCGCCACCAAGACUUGUAUUACAACAACAAUCUGACACGAUACUGGAACGGCUCGACGCACGGCAAGCAAAACGUCUGGCCCAAGAAUAAGUACAAGGACGGGUGCUGA